UGUAGGAACUAUCCCCAAUUGUGCAUAGAAAAGAAGAAAUGCAUUUCCUCUCUCAUGGACAUUGCUUGAAGCUGUGAUGGGACGAGGUUGUAUCUCAUAGACAACUCAUUUUACAGGGAUAUUGUUGGGUAAUAUGAACGUUGCUUUUCUAUUAGGAAUAGCAAGUCCUUUUUCUGGUAGACAGUUGAACAAUAAUACAACAGGGAAUGAAAAGAUUAUUUUGAAAAAACAAGUGCUUCUAUCAAAUGGGUGUUGUAACAUAGUCUAUCGGGUCACACCAACCAAUUGCAAACUGGCAAAAGACCAAUGGAAAGCAGCUGAGAAAAAUGAAAAAACUUUUCAAGCCAACUCCAAUGAAUGGUCUGAUAAGGAAUUACUACCCAAGCACCCUAAUGGAAACGGUUUGUAUCACUUGUUGACCAACAAGUUUAAACCGACAAAGGAAAAGUGGACGCAAGAUGGAAAGAAGAGACAAGAAACGUUGCUCAACUUAUUUUUUGACAAUGUUCAAGGACUGAAUGGAGUACAGAAUCGUGUGGCGUUGGCAAAAAGGAGCCGAGACGGCACUUGGUACAAGUGGACUUGGAAACAAUAUGGAGAACUAGUUGUGAAAACUGCCAACGGAUUGCUUGCGUUAGGAUUCACGUAUGGAGACCAUGUGACUAUAUUAUCGGCUAAUUGUCCAGAAUGGUUAUUUGCAGACUUGGCUACUAUGUGUCUUGGGGGUUCGACAGCUGGGAUUUAUCCCAACGAUGUUGCCGAACAAAUAGUUUUCAUCAACCAGAACUUUGAUGCCAAAUUCUUCUUUGUAGAUUCUUUGAAGCAGCUUGUCAGGUUGAAGCCCUUUUUAAACCAACUAACCAAGUUAAUAUAUAUCAUUGUUCUAUCUUUGGAAACAGAUAAUCAAGAAGAACGAGAUAUGGUGGAGACGGAUUCUCGUAUUAUUUCAUAUGCCAGGUUAUUAGAGUUGGGUAAAACUUAUUCGGAAAGGUCACCCAAUUAUGUCGAGGAAAAUGCUCGGAAGAUAACUCCAGAUACUUUCUGCAUGACAGUGUAUACUUCUGGAACCACUGGUCAACCAAAAGGGGCUUGUUAUUCUCACCAAAAUAUAUAUUGUGUUGGAACGACAAUAGCAGAAGAGUUGAACUGUCAAGGAAGAGAUAUUUUACUGUCUUUCUUACCUCUUUGUCAUGUAGCAGAACGCAUCCAGUCUUUGUUUUUAGCUAUAGCAGGCAAAUGUAGUGUUUAUUUUGCUGAAUCUAUUCAGAGAGUAAGAGAAGAACUACCUCAAGUGCGACCCACAAUAUUUAUGUGUGUUCCCAGAGUAUGGGAGAAACUUUAUCAAGCGUUACAAGCUGAGUUUGAGACGACUACAGGAAUGAAACGCCAUUUGUUGCAUCAAACUUUGCUAUUUGGUAGAUUAGCUCGUCUUCAUCGCAAUUAUGGAAAGUCUAUUUCACGUGCUGCCAUGUUUGAAUGGCUUAUUCUUUCUUUGUUGGUGGUGAGGAAGAUUCGAGUUACCAUUGGUUUGGAUAGAUGUCAUACCUUUGCAUCAGGUGCUGCACCUUUGUCUGAAGAAGUAGCUAUGUUUUUUGGAGAUUUAGGUAUGGACGUAAGACAAGUAUAUGGUCAAAGCGAAAGCACUGGCAUUAUUGCCUAUUCACCUAAAAGAGCUAUAAGGCCUGGUAAUACUGGCAAGGUACCUUCAGUUAUUCAAGUCAAAUUGGGAGACAACAACGAAAUACUUUGUAAAGGACCCAACGUAUUCUUAGGAUAUUACAAGGAUCCAGGGGCUAGCAAAACAGCCUUGGAUGAAGAUGGUUAUCUUCAUACUGGCGAUGUGGGUAUGUUUGAUGAAGAGGGUUUUUUAUGGGUAACGGAUAGAUUGAAAGAUUUGAUUAAAACAGCGGGAGGAAAGUUUGUCGCUCCACAAAAGAUUGAAAAUCGGUUGAAGAUGUAUCCCGGCAUAUCGCAUGUGGUAGUGAUUGGUGACCGGCGUCCUUAUUGUGUGGCUCUGAUCACGUUGGAUGAAAGUCAAUUGAAAAAUAUAUGUACCAAGGCACAAAUCAUUGUGCAACCGGUGGAAGAGGUGGUGAAAAAUAGAAAGGUUUUACAAUUGGUGGAUAGUUAUGUACAGCAAGUGAAUGAUGGGUUAGCUAGUUAUGAACAGAUCAAAUAUUACAAGUUGUUACCGGAAGAUUUUACAAUUGAAAGGGAAGAAAUGACUCCAACAUUGAAAAUUCGUAGAAAACAAAUAGAGCAACGAUACAAAGAAUGGAUAGAUUCGAUGUAUUCUGUUGCUUCUUCUGGAUCAUCAUAAAAAAAAAUAAAUGUUGAAACCAGCGAUUGGAAUGAAAGGAUGUGGUCAUUUACUAGAGAGAAGUUUGGUCUGCAAGUUGCUUUCAAAGUAAGGUUGGUCAAUUGUGUCGAAAGAUUGUGUUAAGA